GUGUUCCAUUUGCUGCUGUUGACGGAACACAGGCGUGAGAGCGCAGAAGCUAGAGACCGCACAGACCACACAAACGAAAGGUUGAACAUCGGAUUCUUCUUAGUCAAACAGUCAGGAUAUGUCUGUAAGGAUGGAAAUGGAUAUCAAUGGAGUGUCAAGGGCACAUGUUUCCAUUCUUCCCGCAGCUGAGAUCAAAGCCGCAUUGAAACCAGAAGCAGAAAGACCUCGCUGUGCCAGUACCCCAUGUUCACCUAUCAGAGGUACUGUUGCAGGAUACCAGAUCCUCCACAUGGACUCAAACUAUCUGGUGGGCUUCACCACUGGUGAGGAGCUGCUCAAACUGGCCCAUCAGUGGUCAGAAGGCACUCCCGAGAAGGGUUCUGUAUCAGAAGCCGUGUCAAGCUCCAUCCAGAGCACUGUCCCAAAGUCUGUGGACUUGGGCAUCCACCGUUCUUCACGAAUCUGCAAAGGCAAAAGUCGCUACUACCAACCCUACGACAUCCCUGCUGCCAAUGGGCGGAGACGGAGGCAUAUGCCCAGCUCGAGCGACACCUUUCUCAGGUCCCUGGCCCACGGGGAGCCUGGGAAGGGUCUUCAUGCUCCACUACCCCUCUGUCUGCUUAAAGGGAAGAGGGCCCAGUCCAAGUCUCUGGACUACCUUAAUCUGGACAAAAUAAGCAUCAAAGAGUCAUCAGACACUGAGGUGUUACAGUACCAACUGCAGCACCUUACCCUGCGAGGGGAGCGCAUGUUUUCCAGAAACAAGACAUGAAAGCACAGUGGGAGGCCCUUUUUAGGCAUCUUUCACCUGUUUAGGGAUUUAGGUGCUAUUUCCAGCUUGGUUUCUUUCUACUUAUAUUACAAACUGUUCUUUAAAAAGGCAGUCUGAUUAUCUUGUUAUAUUAUUAACUGGGGGUUUUACCUUGUACUGUACACAUAACAUGAAGAAAAUCCUUAAAUCACUCCUCACAUUGUAAUGAGGUUGUUGAGGUUAAAAAAUGUGAAUAAUAUAAACUUAGCAAUAACUGGUAAACUUAUUUAUUGACA